AUGGCUUUGGAACCAAUCUCGGAUAAAAUCCUGGGGUCCAAGAAUAAGAAAAUCGCCUACUUCUACGACUCCGAUGUGGGCAACUAUGCCUAUGUCUCGGGCCACCCCAUGAAGCCUCAUCGCAUUCGCAUGACACACAGUUUGGUGAUGAAUUAUGGCCUCUACAAGAAAAUGGAGAUUUAUCGUGCGAAACCUGCCUCCAAGUACGAGAUGACCCAGUUCCACACCGACGAAUAUAUCGACUUCCUGUCCAAGGUCACACCAGACAACAUGGACCACUUCUCAAAGGAGCAGAGUAGGUAUAAUGUCGGUGACGACUGUCCCGUCUUCGAUGGACUUUUCGAAUUCUGCGGAAUCAGUGCAGGAGGAAGUAUGGAAGGCGCUGCUCGCUUGAACCGCAACAAGUGCGACGUUGCCGUCAAUUGGGCUGGUGGUCUUCACCACGCCAAGAAGAGCGAAGCAAGUGGCUUCUGUUACGUGAAUGAUAUCGUUCUCGGAAUUCUCGAGCUCCUGCGCUUCAAACAGCGAGUUCUGUACGUCGAUAUUGAUGUUCACCACGGUGACGGAGUUGAAGAGGCAUUCUACACAACCGAUCGUGUAAUGACCUGUUCUUUCCACAAGUAUGGAGAGUACUUCCCGGGUACCGGUGAGCUUCGGGAUACCGGUGUCGGGCAGGGCAAAAACUACGCAGUCAACUUCCCUCUCCGGGAUGGAAUCACUGAUGUCACGUACAAGAGCAUCUUCGAACCCGUCAUCAGGAGCGUGAUGGAGUGGUACCGCCCCGAGGCCGUGGUCCUUCAGUGCGGUGGUGAUAGUUUGUCGGGCGAUCGCUUGGGUUGCUUCAACUUGAGUAUGCGAGGACACGCCAACUGUGUCAACUUUGUCAAGAGCUUUGAUCUGCCGACCUUGGUGGUUGGAGGUGGUGGCUACACCAUGCGCAACGUUGCACGGACGUGGGCUUAUGAGACCGGUAUCCUUGUGGGACAGUCUCUGGGAUCGGAGCUGCCAUACAAUGAUUACUACGAGUAUUUCGCUCCUGAUUAUCAGCUUGAUGUCCGCCCAUCAAAUAUGGAUAACGCCAAUACCCGAGAAUAUCUGGACAAGAUCCGCAACCAGGUUGUUGAGAAUCUUAAGCGAACCGCAUUCGCCCCGUCGGUUCAAAUGACAGACGUGCCGCGGAAUCCUAUGUUGGAUGGCAUGGACGAUGAGGCUGAUGACGUUAUGGAUGACCUUGACGAGGAUGAGAACAAAGAUAAGCGCUUCACUCAACGACGAUUCGACCAGCGCACAGAGAAAGAUGGCGAGCUCAGUGAGAGCGAGGACGAAGAUGAAAACGCCGCGCACGGCAUUCGUCGCCAGCCAGGCGCUGUUCGCCGUCGCAACCAAGUCAACUACCGAAACCUCGAGCCGGACUCUGGGCUGGACAGUGGUAUGGCAACACCGCAAGAUGCGUCGUCUGCGGCUGAUGGAGAGAUGGAUUUCACUCUUGAUGCCAAGAUGGUUGAUGUUCCACGCACUGAACCUGAUGCGCCUUCCAUUGCUCCUGAAGCCUCUCGCGCCGAAGAGACUCCUAUGACUGAUGCCGAUCACAUGACUGUAGAAAAAGAAGAACAGGAAGACUCUACUGCCUCUAAACUCCAGUCUCCUCCUCAUGAUGAAGAUAUUACUAUGGAGGAUGCUGUUGUCGCCGAAGCCACUUCUUCAGAACAGAUUCCGGCUCCAGGGGCAAUUACUGAGCAGAUAUCAGUGGUCGAGGGCUCCGCGACUUCACCUGUGAGGGCUCAAUCGCCCUCGAAAGAGACUGCGGUUCUCGCCAGCGAGAAGGGUGCUGAAGCUUCUCCUGCUGCGGGCGCCGAAGCACCGGCGACCAAGGAGGAAAGCUUGGAGCAUGCGGUAGAACCCAAGAAAGAGGAGUAA